UUUCUCUGUUUCUCUAUAAAAAAUAGUUUAGUGAUUGCGGUUUCCUGUAUAUGACAGCUCAUGAAUAGUUCGUUUUCCUCUAUUUGACAGCUCAUGAAUAGUUCGUUUUAGGACUAGAAUUUUAGGUUUCGAGUUCAGUUGCGAUCAGCGUCAGUAUUGCGAACAUUCAAUUGUGUUCAAGCUUCAUCGUAUUAGUUCUUCCAAGCCACAGAGAUCUACUCUUCAGAAUCUACUAAUCAACUACAAUAAAGAUUAAAGAAAUCUCUGGUGGUUUGAUACGUUUGUUGCCUUCUGCACCAUUGGGUUAUUUAAGUAAAAGUAGUUAAUGGGAAUUAAGGUUGCGAAAAUUAGUGCUCCACUCAUUUAACUAGACUUCAUUACUUCGUAGGAUAAAUACUUAAAAGUCAGCAUUUUACUCCACCCAAGCAACUGCAAGUGCCGCUCCAAACCCGUCCCCCUCCCACCCCCCCUCCCCCAUCAUCUUGACUGUGUGGUUGGCCGCGCCGUGAACAUAGUGACCAUUUCGUGACCAGCUUUGCGUAAAUAAAUGAUGCGUGACAUUUCUGAAGGAAUGUGCUUUGCUAUGCUUUUUCGUUUGUCAGAGGAGAGCGAUAGGGAACCAGACGGAACUGCUCUUAAAUCUGAACAGGAACAAGAACGAAAUCUAUGUGGAUCUUCAGUCUGCCUCUUGAGGAGCCCUCUAGUGUUCUAUAUCUUUGAUUGUAUGAAAAGUUGAUCCACGUAAAAUCUCUUUGUGAUGGGAUGCUGCUUCCGCUGUUCUGAAAGUAAGUUAAUAUUGGAGAUUCUGUAACUAGAUAAACAUUUCCAUUGUGAUGUCUCGUGGGAGGAUACAAAUUACACUCUUGGCAGACGAAUGGAAAUCUUCCAAAGGCGGUCUAUCAACCAUGAACAGAGAGUUGGCUAUAGAGCUGGCCAAACACCCCAAUGUGGCUGUCACUUUCUUUGUUGCGAAAUGCACUGAAGAGGACAAGAAAGCAGCUGGUAAACAUAAUAUUAGAAUCGUGGAAGCAAAAAAGCGAGUUGGAUUUGACGAACCACUUGAUUGGCUAAGUUUUCCUCCUAGAGAUCUCGUCACUGAUGUCAUCAUAGGUCACGGGGUAAAGCUUGGAAAACAAGCGCAGGUGAUAAAAGACUACCAUGACUGUUCAUGCUGGCUUCAAGUUGUGCAUACCGCCCCUGAGGAACUUGCGAUGUUCAAGAACUACUCGGGUGCCAUUUCUAAAGGUGAUGAAAAACAAUGGACGGAAGUAAAACUGUGUACAAUUGCAGAUUUUGUCGUAGCAGUUGGACCCAAACUUCAGGAGUUCUACUCGGCUAAUCUCAGCUCGUGCGGUAAAAAUGUCAUCAAUCUUACGCCAGGUAUCUUUACUGAAUUCUCUGAUUUGGAGCUGUCCACUCAAGGGGCUAAGAAGUUUCGAGUUCUAGUAUUUGGACGUGGUGACUCAGAAGAUUUCCAGCUUAAAGGAUUCGACAUUGCCGCCAAAGCGAUCGCUGAGUUAAACGACAGAAGUUACCAACUCAUCUUUGUAGGUGCCCCCAGUGGAAACGGAGAGCAGGUGGCUGAGAAGCUACUGAAGCAAGGCUUGCACCGAAGUCAACUGACCGUCAAAGGAUUUAUUGAAAAUCGCGAGGACCUAGCUACGCUGCUAUCCACGGCGAAUCUUGCUGUUAUACCUUCAAGAACCGAAGGAUUUGGUUUGACAGCCCUAGAAUCCUUAUCCGCUGGUCUGCCAUUUCUUGUUUGUCAAAACAGUGGAUUCGGGGAAGCCCUGCAAGAAAUACCUCUUAGUUCUUCUUGGAUUGUAGAUUCCGAAGAUCCCAAGAAAUGGGCUGAAGCCAUCAAAGGUGUGCGAAAGAAAGGCAGGGAAUCAGCUCUAAAGGAGUGUCAAGAACUACGUACACGCUAUGCCGAGAAGUACAGCUGGGAGAAACAGUGCAACAAUCUUGUGGAAAUGAUGUUAACCUUCGUCACUGACCAUAAUAAAGAACUCCAAGGGAAGUGUUUUAGCAGUGAUAACUUGAAUGAUGGAAGAGACCCUCCUACACAAAGACGAGAUUUCGUUAGAGCAAAAUCAUGGCCUUCUGGAGAAGACGUAAAUGAUGAGAAACCAGAGCCUGGCAAAGGCGGAAGAUCCUUGAUUAACCGUUCUGUUUCUCACGAACCAAGCCGCAAAAAAUCGAAGGAGAGGAAGAAGUCUACCUGGAAAGAGUUAAUAAAUUUUUUAUUCAAGAAUAAGUGUCGCAAGAAAUCACUUGACCCAUCUAGCAACAGGGAAAACUAUGUUGCAUUUGAAAGCACUUUUGAGUCCAGUCUUGCAACUUCACUGACUACAUCAGGCACUCCCGCGAGCUCGUGCCGUCAGGCUUCCCCAAAGUCAUGUGAAAAUGUGUCUCCGCGCAAUGUCCCAGAGGCACAGAGGUCGUCACUUACAGAGAGUUUGAGCUCUGGAGAAUCCACUGCCUCGCCAAUAUCCCCAGGUUAUGAAUCAGGGUCCCUGUCAGUGGAAGACCCAUGUGUGAGUUCUGGAAAGACAAUUUCAUUCAUUCAUUGCUUUGACUUGGAAGGAAAAGCCUUUAAAGAAGAGGUCUUAAAGUUGUACGAUCGUUUUGGACGAUGUUUGGGGUACAAAUGCCACUUGGACAAGUCAGAGACCAUUCAAGUAGCGGAAAACAAGUUCCGAUACGUGUUGAAUAACGUCAAAAACAGCGACUUCGUGUUUAUCUGUGUAUCGCCUAAAUUGAAAAGAAUUUUCGAUUUACCUCAUAAAGAAAUCAGCAACAGUCUUGAAGAUGAUGAACAGUGCAUGCUGCGACUUGCAUCCGAUAUGAUGUUAGCUGAGACCGCCGUCGAUGCCAGCAAUAGGAAAGGCAAAUUCAUGACCAUCAUGCUCAAAGGAUCCUCUACAAAUAAUGUGCCGUACUUCAUGAAUUCGUACAUGAAGUACCACUGGCCAAAAGAUGAGCGAAACAUUCGAUGCGUGAUAGAGGAAAAGCCAGAGAUUGUCCCCUCCCGUGUUGGCAAUAUAAAGACUGACCCACCCUCCCUGGCGGUGAAGCCGGUCAAACUGAACUAAGGCUUUCGUUUAAGGGGUGAAGUAACACGCAGCAUGUUACAAGCUAUUUAUACGUGCUGAUCUGGCAGUUAAUUUUGAUUGGAGGAAACAGCACAUUUGCCUUCAAUUACCAGAUUGAAGCACGAUAAGUUGGUGAAAUAUUUUCAAUAAUGUAGAGUCACUAUAAAGGCAUUUUUUUAAAUUUACAUAAAUCGUUUUUCCUAAAAAAGGCUGUUAUAUCUCCCAUUAAUUUGACAGGAGAAAAGUCACGGAAUGACAUGUUCGUGCCGGUAAUUGAUGUCUGAGUAUCAUUAAAGAAAAUCGGUUGUAGAACCAGUUAGAUGCAAAGCUCUGUCUAAGAGUAGAAAAGCUAGGUCAACUUGUUGCAUUACAAGUCCAGAAAAAAAAAGCUCUAUCUGAUAUUAUAAAUGUUUAAAAAACCCUUCCAAGCUUGAGUGCAUGAGGCCCUAUUAGAGGUUUUGGGAUGUUAGAGGUUAUGGGAUGUUUAGGUAAAAAGGGAUGUUUAGGUAAAAAGGUAAAAAGUUAGGUUUAGGUAAAAAGUUAACAGGAUACAGGAUAUUUUGGGGGAAAAUUAAUGGGAUAUGGUAUAUCUAGAUCAGAUAAAACGGGAUAUCGAGAAAGAAAAUCGGUAGUUUUGCAAUUGGAAUUAACGGAAGACGGGAUAUGUAGGCCAAACAUUAACGGGAAAUGGCAUACUCAACCACCCCUCCCCCCUUCCCUUACCCCAGUGGGGCCUCUUGAGUGAACAUAUGUCCAACUUUUCUCCUGCUCAACUCAUGCUUACAAAACAGAUAAUUCUGUACUGUGACUGGCUGUCGCUCAAAAUUAAACUUUUGUCCACGAGAAGCACUGAUCUAGUCGGAGACAGCGCAUUGACAUUGCAGACAGACUCCAUAGAGCUAUUAUUUUAGCUAUUUAUUUGGAAUUUGUUUAUUUCUCUUAGAAGGGUUUUAUUGUUGACUUAAAAGUUGAUGUUUUGUUUACCCAAGAUGUUCUUAGAGUUGAUCGAUUGAAUUCUGAAAAUUAUUUUGAUUUCUUAGGGGUGCUUAAUUUGAAUUUGAAAAAAGUAAUGUAUGUUCCCCACUUCAACUAUUGCACUGAGAUCUGGCACAUCUACAGUGAAAGUGCCAGUGCAAAAACUGGAAGAAGUAAACGAACGUGCUCUCCGAUUUGUUGUCAAUGAAAAACAAACGCACUACCAAGAAUUACAAGCCAUUCUUACUAGCUUCUAGGGUUGCGCCUCGCAUGGGUAACUUUAUUUUCCCGUUCGCGCAAUUCCUAUUGGUCCUUUUCUUCUUUUAAUUAUAUUGUAAUUUUGUGACCAAUAAAGUUGAUAGACUAGACUAGACUACUCAAUAAGAUAGGCUUACCUUUAUUGACUAGUCAAAGACUCCAAAAAAUAGUUAGUACGGUUCUUAAAGCUAUUAAAAACGAUCAUGCUCCUAAAAGCAUAAAAAAAAAGUUACUAGAUUUUAGAAGCACUAAAUACGAUCUGAGGGAAAAUGACAUUCUAAAACUGCCUAAGAUCAACACCAAAACCUGCGGACUGAAAUCGUGGCGUUACGUAGCGCCAACGCUGUGGAAUUCACGCAGAACGAUUAGAACUUUUAAGGCCUUCAAAAACAGUGUUUAAAAGACAAUUGUUCUUCUGACUUACUAGAAAUUAUUUUUUGUCUUUUUGAUUGUAUAUAUGAUUAUCGUUUUUACUUCCUAGCAUAAUAUGGAAUCAUUCUAGACUGUAUUUCAUUAUACUGACUUGGCUUUUUCGAAAAGUUUUUACCCAUGUAUUAUGAUAUUUACUUUUAAUUUUAAGUUAUCGUUAUAUGGAACACCUGUAAAGUAGCUGUUGUGUCCUUUUAUCCUGUAAUGACACACUAGAAAAAGCUGAGUGUAUUACACAAUAAACUUGAAUUAUAUUGUAUUAAA